UAAGACGAAAAUAUUCAAUAUGGCUAACACUUGUUGGCUAAAGUGUUUGUAAAAUUUGUGUCUUUGUUUUAAAAGCGAAAAUUUGAUUAUUAACGAUAAAAAGUGACGAAAAUUGAUAAUAGCAUCACAUUGAAUGAGAGUGUUGAGUGAUAACCGAUAUUUUCAUCGAAACUGGCAAUAGAAGUGAUGUAUGGUGCUGAAUAUUUUUACUCUUCCAAUAUUUUUACGCCUCGGUAGUAUGAAAUAAACCCAACCACUAUGAAUAAUAAUUCACCAUCAAAUAGGAUGCGAUCCCCCGGGGCUGGUAAACAGCCUUCGCUGAUGGACCAUCCUCACAGUCUUCCAAAUGCUGUAAGGGUAGUUGUUACACGUGAUAAUAGUGGAUAUGGGAUGAAAGUAUCCGGAGAUAAUCCGGUAUUUGUUCAAAGUGUAAAAGAAGGGGGCCCUGCAGAAAAGGCUGGACUAAAUGCCGGAGAUACUAUUUUGCAAGUUAAUGGCCAUAACGUGAUGCAGUCUACUCAUACAGAUGUGGUAGUUCUAAUCAAGUCCUCAGCACAGGUGGUUUUAACAGUCCAGCAAGGAUCCUCUUUAAGUUCCCCCGGUCACAGACCAGCAACUGUUUCCUCAGCUAGUAGAAUAACUGGGCCCCAACCUGUCGAUAACGAAAAGCAGCACCAGCUGCAACAAGAAAGAGAACAAUAUUACAGACUUAUGAUAGAAAAGGAACAACAUCACUUGGAUAAGCUGCGCAGUCAAUUGGCAGUAUCGCCCAAUGAGAAGAAAGCUACUGAACUGGCCAAGGCAGAGAAGAAUCUCAGAACAUUACAAGAUACUUUAAAACAGUCAUCGAUUGGAAGACCUCUGUCUUCACCCGGUUCAAUUACUCCCACCCUAAUUAUGCCCUCGAAAGGCGUAACGCAGCCACUUCCCCCGCCGCCACUUCCUAAGAGAAAUAAACUGCCGUCCAGUGCCGCCGAUAUCAAUUAUUCAUUUUUGUCCAACGAAAUCAAUGCCAACGCUAAAAAACGAAAUGGCGAGGACUCUGAUCACACUAGCUGUGACGUACCACCCCCGCUGCCGCCUCGCACUUACCCGCCAUAUAACUUGCACACCGACCACGACGCAGUUAACUCCAUCGACAAACAGAUGGCGUACCCGCUCGUCGCCACCUGCACGUCACUGGUUAGCGAUUGUUCGGGUAGCAAUCAGUCGAAGCACUCUCGGACCAAAUCCAGUCCGGAUUCUUUGAUGGCAGCGCUCAGUGCCGACAUGAAAAACUGCAAGAACGACAACCUGAACCAGAACAACUGGCAGCAGCAGAGGGCUAGGACUCCUCCAGGUACUCCGCCGCCUCCUUACCCCAGCCCUUUGUCGGAGCGAAGGGACAGAAUAGCUAUGGGCGAUAACAGCGAUGGCUCCUUAAGUUUCAAUUCUCCAGAAGAAUCGUUUGUAGAUUCGGCCCAUUCGCCUCAAACACCCAAAAUAAGCAGUUCUCCCAUUCGAUUGACCAAUUCGCAAACCGCUCUAACGUCUCUGAUGAUCCUCAGCAUGGAAGACGAUAUAUCGGAUUUCGAAAAUGAUCAGUGGGAGGAUCACGGUCAUUUCAAAUCGCUGUCUCGUCUGUGGGACCACCUGCCCCAUCUGGCGGUGUUUAUGAACUACGUUCUGUCAAAUUGCGAUCCCAACAGUUUGCUGUUCUACCUGUUGACCGAUCUCUAUAAGGAAGGCAAUGCCAAGGAAAUGAGAAAGUGGGCGUUCGAAAUACACUCGUGUUUCCUAGUUCCUGGCGCGCCGUUAAGAUUGAACAACGUGGACGAAAACAUCGCGAGAGAGAUAGACGACGAUUUAACGAAAGAGUACGAAAAGGAGGAAAUCAUGAGAAAGAUCUUCUGGAAGGCUAGGUCGCGCGCCAAGGAAGAACUAACCAGGCAACUCACCGAUUUCCAGCAUAAAAGAACGGCAGGUUUGGGUACGAUUUACGGACCGACCGAUUCGGAACUUACGGAUCACUACAACGACAAAAACAAGGAGAUGAAAUUGUACGAGAGUCUGUUUAUUCCGAAAGUAGAAAUGUACUUGGAAGAGUUUGAAAAGGAGAACGUCGAUCCGCCCAAGUUUUAUAUGGCGGCCGCUCUCGUCACGAUACUUACCAGGAUGUUUAAGAUCCGGUCGCCCAUUUUGGAUUUGGACAGAGUGCCGACCUUUGUAAACCGGGAUCGGUCGUUGAAAUCGAAGAUUAUCGGGCGAUAUUCUAGAAAGAUAAGUCAUUUGGGUCAUCAGUUCAUGUCCCAACAAUAUUAUACUGUGAUACCUUGUAACAACUGUCAUCAAAUUAUUUAUGGGAUCAGUCCGCAGGGAUAUCAAUGUUCAUUGUGCCUUAUAAAUUUGCAUCGUCCUUGCGUGAAAUUGUAUGAUGACGCUUGUGUGGGUCCCAUUACGAGAAAAGACGUCCGAGGCCUCAGGAAGCUGAUCGGGAUGCGCCACGACAGCGCGGAACAGAACAGGCACAGGAAGACGGCCACCACAAAUUUUAUUCAAAUGGAGAAAGAGAAAAGACACCAAGAGGAGAGAGACAAUAGAGCUGACAAUUACGAGUCCGGUGAGGCCAAGGUGUCUCAGCCGGUGACUCGCAAGGGCUCCGACAGGAAGACGGAGCGCGGCUGUGAAGAGGCGGAGGGCGAGGGGCAAGGGGCUGCGGAUAAGAACGACGAUGCCCAGAUGCCUGUAGAGAGGAGCGAUUCCGGAGCUCAAUCGGAGAGUUCGAAUAUUUCCCAAUCGAGUGGAGCCAAAAAAAGAAAUACUAGUCAUAUAAAUCGAUCUGAAAGUGUUAAGGAACAACCAGAAAAAAAUAGAAAACAGCAACAGAGGAGAAACGUCAGUGAUCCAUCCCAUAGUUUCAAUACAAGUCCCGAAGCGGACGUGGAUCGACAGGCCUUAUCCAAAAAUGCUGAUUCGGGCAGUUCUUCUAAUUCCAAUAUAUCUUGCAAUUACAGUGGCCGACUGUCGGAGAGUCCAUCGAACAGCAUGGACGUUCACCAGGCCACCGUCAGGACACAGUCCGACAGCGACAGCGACAUGGACGGCGAGACCGAUCCCCUCAACUGGCAAGAGCUCGUCACCGAGGAAGAACUCAAAAAACUCAAUCCCAACGAGAAGAAACGCCAAGAAGUCAUCAACGAAUUGAUCCUCACCGAGGUCAGUCACGUGCGCAUGCUGAAGGUCUUGUACAAGUUAUUUUACAAGACGCUUUACAACAGCCAAAUCCUAAAACCGGACGAGCUGAAUCUGCUCUUUCCCAACAUCAAGGAGCUGCUGGACGUACACAGCGAGAUCAAUAAGGAAAUGCGUAGGAUACGUAAAGAAGAUCCAUUGGUCCGGCAGAUCGGCGAUGUCUUAUUGGCUACGUUUACCGGCAAUCAAGGUGAGGCACUGCAGAAGGCAUCGGCUACGUUUUGCGAAAGACAACAACUAGCUUUGGAAUUUAUCAAGAGAAGAAGGGAAAGAGACUCGAAAUUCGAUGCCGUACUGACAGAAUGCGAAAAAUCCAGACAGUGCCGAAGACUUCAACUUCAAGGCAUUAUCCCUGUUGAAAUGCAAAGGUUGACGAGGUACUCCCUACUACUAGAACGACUAGUAAAAAGCGUAGAGGCAGCAGAAAAAGUCUGUAGCGAUUACCAAGAUGAGCUAGUCAAGUUGAAGCAGGUUCACCAACGCUCCAAAGAGGUUCUUUCACACGUCAAUGAUGCGGCCAAGUUGGCGCUUAACAAGCACAGGCUGGACGAGAUCCAACGUCAUUUGGACGUUUCGAAUUUCAGGGCCAGCGAUCAUCCUAUAGUGCACGAUUUUAAGAACAUCGAUCUUACAAGGUAUAAGUUGAUAUUGGAAGGAAAUCUGCAACUGAGAAGGCCCAACAAGGCCCUCGUUCCCGUUCAUAUUCUUCUGUUGGAAGAAAUGGUAGUGUUAUUGCAAAAGGAGAACGACAAGUUUAUUUUGAAGUUCUUCCAGUCUGGCAUCCCAGGACAGCCCGCUCUCUCGCCCAUUAUCAAAAUGAGCACGUUGCUAGUGCGAGAAAACGCUGUCUGUAAAAAUGCUCUGUUCCUCGUAAACACCUCAACGACGACCAACGUCUGUAUGUACGAUCUUCAAGCGGAGGACGAAUCAAAACGAGAGACAUGGAGAAAGAAUUUUUCUGACGCCGCCGAAUCGUACAACAGACGCGAGGGCAAACUGAACCGGGGCAGCACGAUAACGACGUCUUCCCAAGAAACGGCCUCCGAUUCCGACACGAAUUCCAUUAGAGACCUGUCGACGGAGGGUGAAGUACCCGAACCGCCUCCGUCGGAAAGUACUCCGUCCCCGGCGACAGAAUCGCCAGAGCAACCCCCGAAAACUACCGAGCCCUCAGAUUCUCCUUCGCCUUCUGAAGAUCCAGCGGGAGACCAAACACCAGAUGUGACUCCUGGUGGUGGUAUUCAAUUGACAACGAAGGUAAGCGCGGAGGAUUGGCCCCUGAUUCAACCGUCGCAGGUCAACGUGGUGGUGCCGCCGGUGCACACAGCCGAAUCGAUGCUAACGCCUUUAGAGCAAAUUAGAAGGAAGGAUGCCUUGGUCAAACAGGCCCUGGCUGAAAAGGAAAACCUGGUUGCCGACCUUUUGUCUAUUCCUAGGGAACAUUUCGAACAUAUCGCCGACAUGGCAGCGUCCACCAGCGAUGUCUCCAUGUCCGGCGCAUCGGACAUCACUGACCGUCUUCUUGCCAGUGUAUUUCAGGUGGAUCUUCUUCAGAAAGCAGUUAACGACGCUUUCAACAUAACCGAAGGCGAAGUGGUGGCUGCUAAAGGUGGAAAGAAACCGGCCUGUGCCAGUCAGGAACCUCAAUACGCCAACGAAGUCAAGCCUAACGUACCCAGUAUCCCAGCCAGUCAACUCAGAGAUAUCGUCACCUCACUCAGCAGUCAGCUUACAACCCUACUGAGCGAAGUGAAACUAGUCGAGGAAGAGAGGGAUCGGCUGAGGAAAGAACUACACAAAAUGAAAGAGAAACUACAUGAAGAGCACAAUCUUCAUAGUCCAGUGCCAUUUGAUGAUGCCGCGUCUGACGGUAGUGCCCAGGAGGUGUUUUGCGAAGCGUCUAGCGACGAGCCCAAAUAGCGGUUGUCUGACGAAUAACCCUCGGCGAUUGUACAUUUUGUAAGAAAAUCUAUACUUAGAAGAAACUAUUUUUAUAUGACCGAAGAAGAAGCAAACUCAGAAAUGUGAUGUUGAAUUAUCAUUUUACUACUUUUAUUUAGCUGUUCAUUCUCUUAGUUGGUGCAAUAACUACUUUAAAAAUACGGUUUUUAGUCACAGGAGUGUUUUACUUUCGUAUAUAAUGAUGAAAACUAGCUCAGGUAUAUAUGUUUAUGAAUAUUGUUUUCUGUAAAUGUUUUAAUCACAUAGUAAGAAGAUUUUAAGUGGUUUAGUAUUUUUUUUCUCUAUUAUUUUCGUUUUUUUUUCUUUCGUUCAAGCAAAUAUACGCAUAAAUUCGAUUGGCCUAAAAAUGUAAACGCUCCAGUGACUGUUUAACCAGCUGUUGUUCAUUAGUAUAUAUGUGUAUAUAACGACAAAUAGACUUAAGUGUCAUGUUUUUUGUUAAGGAGAAUAAAAGCGAACGUUUAUUUUUCUU